AUGCGCGCGCAAGCGGAAGUAGCUGAGUUUAUCGUCUUUCUCAACACCCAAACCGAUACGAGAAACACUCCAGACACUUUCCAUGCGAUUGGGUUUGGUUUGGGGGCGCACAUCGCAGGGUAUGCUGGGACAAGGCUUCAAAGGAUAACUGGCUCAAUGAUUGGUCGUAUAACAGGACUAGACCCGGCUUCAGCGGGCUUCAAAAAUCAGCAUACUGACGUCAGACUUGAUGCAACUGACGCCCAGUUCGUUGACGUCAUCCAUACGGAUUCUGCGCACCGAGGCACCCCUGAUAAAAGUGGAAAGUUUGACUWUUGGCCAAAUGGCGGACGAUCACAACCUGGAUGCGGUAAAGGUUCGUAG